UCCUUCUUCCUUCCAUACAGCCUCGCGGUUGUCCCGAAGCUCCUCCCACACUCAAUGUUUGUAUUCACACUCCCGAAGCUCCACAAACAUCUCCAUUCAUCUAAUUCGAUUGUCGAUUCGCUAUCGAGUUACCUUACCAAACACAUUGACUCUUUCCUUACUACCGAUUACUUGGACCACAAGACCCUUCUAUCUGCUCAUGCCGCUAUCAUAACAACCGGUAACGCACACAAUAAAUUUAUCGCAUCAAAGCUAAUAGCAUAUUAUGCGUCCCUCAAGCAGCCCCAUAAUUCUACCAAAGUAUUUGAUUCCCUCACUUUUACAGACCACUUUCUUUGGAACUCCAUCAUCAAAGCCCAUUUUUCUAAUGGGGACCAUGUGCAAGCUAUUAACUUCUUCUCCAAGAUGAGGUUUGCUGGCAUUUUGCCUACCCAAUUUACCAUACCAAUGGUUGUUUCUGCUUGUGCUGAACUCCAAUCGCUUUCUAUUGGCAUGAAAUUUCAUGGAUUAAUCUCAAAACUGAAUCUUUUCGAUGGAAACUCUGCUGUUGGUGCUUCAUUCGUGUAUAUGUAUUCGAAAUGUGGAACUAUGGACUAUGCAUCUCUUAUGUUUGAUGAAACUACUGUUAAAGAUGUGGUUGUUUGGACUGCACUUGUGAUAGGGCACGUGCAGAAUGGCGAGAGUGAGAAAGGUUUUCACUGUCUUUGUGAGAUGCAUAGAACUGGUGGCAAUAGUGAGAAGCUGAAUUUCCGAACAUUAGAAGGGGGUUUUCAGGCUUGUGGAAACUUGUGUGCUUUGGUUGAAGGUAGGUGCUUGCACGUGCUGGCUCUAAAAUCAGGAAUUGUAUCCUCAAAUGUGAUUCAGUCUGCCAUUUUGUCAAUGUAUUCCAAGUGUGGUAGUGUUGAGGAUGCACGCAUGUCUUUUUCUGAAGUUUUAGAUAAGGAUCUAAUAUCAUGGACAUUACUCAUGGGUGUCUUUUCAAGGUUGGGGUGCAUUGUUGAAUGCUUUGAUAUAUUUUUGAGGAUGCAAGCUGCUGGUUUACAUCCUGAUGGAAUGGCAUUUAGUUGUUUGGUUUCUGGCUUUGCUAAUUCACAUAGAGUCUCUGAAGGGAAGGCACUCCAUAGUUUUAUUAUAAGGAGGAAUUAUAUGAUUGAUGAGAAGGUACAUAUUUCGUUAUUGUCAAUGUACUGUAAGUUUGGCCUCGUGGAUCUUGCUGAGAAGAUUUUUAUUCAAUGCCGCGAUCAGGUAAAAGAUUCUUGGAGUCUAAUGGUGUCUAGCUAUGAAAAGGUAGGAUUAGAUAAGAAAUGUAUAAUGCUCUUCGGACAAAUGCAAUAUCAAGGGAUUAAACCUGAUUUAUCCAGUCUAUUAUCAGUAAUUUCUUCCUGCUCAAGAUUGGGAGCCAUCUAUUUUGCUCGUUCUAUACAUUGCUGUAUGAUGAAAACAAUGAUGCUUGAGAAGGUCACAAUUGUUAAUUCACUGAUAAAAAUGUAUGGGAAAUGUAGUAAGUUGAAUGAAGCAGAAAGGUUACUCAAUCACACAUCACAUGACAUUACUACAUGGAACUCUCUUAUCUCAUCUUACACUGACAAUGGUAAUUGUCUCAAGGCUAUAGCUCUUUUCGAUGUAAUGAUUACGAGAGGCUUAAAGCCUAACAAAGCAACACUAGCUGUUUUGUUGUCUGCUUGUGCUCAGAUUGCAUCUCUUGAAAAGGGGAAAAAAGUUCAUGAUUAUAUCAUAGAAGCUGGAUUUGGCUGUGAAGUUUCUGUUGCUACAUCGUUGGUUGAUAUGUAUGCCAAAUGUGGACAAAUUGAUGUGGCAAAAGAAAUUUUUGACUCACUAAGUGAUAGGGAUAUCAUAUGUUGGAAUGUAAUGAUUUCCUGUUAUGGUAUGCAUGGAUAUGGAAAAUCUGCAGUUGAGAUGUUCCAACGAAUGAAAGAAUCUGAUGUUAGACCAAAUGACCUAACAUUUCUAGCAGUACUCUCAGCAUGUGUUCAUGCUGGUUUAGUUGAUGAGGGCAAGUCAAUCUUCCACCAAAUGAAGGAAUAUUCUAUUGCACCCACACUAAAGCACUAUGCAUGCAUGGUGGAUCUUUAUGGGCGAUCUGGUUAUCUGGAUGAGGCUGAAGCUCUUGUUUUAUCGAUGUCGUUUACCCCUGAUGGGGGCAUAUGGGGUUCUCUGCUAAAUUCUUGUAAAUUACAUAAUAAUGCUGCAAUGGGUAUGAAGAUAGCAAACCAUGCUAUUGAAGCUGACCCAGAAAAUGAUGGGUAUUACAUAUUGGUCUCAGACUUUUAUGGCUCUAUGGGCAUGUGGGAAGAUGUAGGGCAAGUGAGGAAAAAGAUGAAGGAUAGAGGGGUAAGAAAAACUGUGGGUUGGAGUGCUGCAUAAACUGGCAGAAUGACCACACAAUGUGGUCUGUCAAGUAAAUGGAAUAUAACCAAGCCUUGAACUUGAUGGUGUUUCUUGCAGAGGACUAUCUAGCCUUGGCUUAUUUGGAACUCUGUUGCCUCGAAUAGCGAACCUCACUAACUUGCAAUCUCUGUUACUGCAAAACAAUGGAAUCACUGGUACUAUUCCGGCCGCUGUUGGGAAGUUAGAAAAGCUUCAAGCGCUCAACCUCUCUGUUAACCGGCUAACUGGUGAAAUUCCCAGUUCUCUGGGGGAUCUGAAGAACUUGAACUAUCUGUGCACUUGGAGCUUUUGUAUUGCCCUAACGGCAUGCAGAAUGGGUUAAUCAAUCCCUUUGCCCAGAAAUACUCCAUGACUUCACUGGAGAAGGUAUUUAAACAUGGAUCAGAUGGUGGGAAUAAUAUAAAUGAAAAUGGAGGUGAAGGCAACAAUGGAAGGGAGGUGAUUGUAAGAGGUGUACUCUCUGUUACGGUCAUUUCUGCCGAAGACUUGGAGCCAGCUGACCUGUUGGGGAAGGCUGACCCUUAUGUGGUUCUCACCAUGAAGAAAACAGGAUCGAAAAAUAAAACCAGGGUUGUGGAUGAAUGUCUGAAUCCCGUCUGGAAUCAGACUUUCGAUUUUGUUGUUGAGGAUGGACUACACGAUAUGCUUACUCUCGAAUUAUGGGACCAUGAUACAUUUGGGAAGAAUUACAUGGGAAGAUGCAUCUUAACAUUGACGAGGGUUCUAAUGGAAGGCGAAUACAAAGAUUGCAUCCCUCUCGAUGGGGCUAAGUCGGGAAAACUCAACGUGCAUCUCAAUGGACUCCACAACCGAUAUACCGGAUGUAGUAGAUACCACAUCCAAUCAAGCUAUUGAGCAUGUCCAGCUAUAUAUAUUAAUCUAUGUACAGAGGGAAAGCCAUUAGACACAUAUCCAAUUCUUCCAGAUACAUCAACAAAUAAUCUCUAGUGAUGUGAUUUCAGAAACAAUUUGUAUGUAUCGCAUGUAUAAAGAUUGGUGGAAUGGUACCAAUUUGGAAACAAAUCAUUCUUAAACUGACAUGCUCAUCUCUGUUCAGUGAGAGGUUUAGACAAUUUAGACAAAUACAUUUUCUUAUACUAUAAUGUAAUAUUUCGAAUAUAUAAAAGGGUAUUAUUUCAA